GACUUGGGCCCUUAUUUUCGCUGCAGCGUUGCCAGUGAAAGGCAGUCCUUUCGCUGAAGAGUUCGGCCGUCGUGUUGUCGCUUUGCUCCUUUGGUUGUCGUUGUCGUUGUCGCUGUCUCCUUCGUGGCUCGUCGCUGUCGCUGUCGCUGGCCUAUUGUCAAAGAACACAAGAAGUUCUGCCACAAAAUGCCACGAAAGAAAUGUGGACCGUGAUUGUUUUUCAGCGUUUGCAAUCAGGUCACCAUUGUCCCACGGUAAACACACGCUGGGAACUGCUGGGUCCUUAAAAACCCGAUGUCCGAUGUCCUGAAAACUGAAACUGUGCGGGCCGUGUGUGAUUUGUGAUUGAAAAUGCGUAAUCCCCGUUCCGUUGUCACCGUUCACCGCGUAACCUGAACCUUGACUUUGAACUGCACGUGGCACGGAUAUGGAUAUACAGUGAGAGAGAGAGAGAGCGAACGAGAGUGAGAGACAGAACGAGAGCGAAAAUAGUCAAGCAUAGCAAAGCAAAGUGAACAAGAAAAACAAACAACAAGAAACUGUCCGUCCAGCAUUCUUUUUUUACACACAUUUGAAGAAUGUAAAGUGAGCCAAAGCUAAACAACUGUGGAAAAGAAGCAGAGCAGAGAGUGAGAGACCCCAAAGCUGGCCAUUGGCAGGCCACACACCACACACAUACACGCAACACACACACACACACACAACACUGACACCGUAAACAGCACACUCACAGACACUCACACUCACAUACAUACUAAACAAAGAACACACUCGCACACAAAUCAGGCUUUGCCGCAGUCAUAAAAUAAUCAAGAAGCAGCUAAAUCAGGCAGAGCCAGAGCCAAAGGACGAAGGAACGAAGGAGCAGGACUAGCAGCAGCAGCAGCGGCGUCACUGCAGCGUGCUGAUGUUGACGAAACAUCUCCAUUGGGACGCAUAAAGCAAUUAGCAAAGGUUCAAACCCCACAUUCACACUCACACUCUCGCACACGUACGCACUGCCAGUGAGAAAAAGGACGAGGGCGGAAAGGUAACUAAGUGCAGGAUGCGUGGGACUCCCCUUGGCUCUGUGGAGUAUUUAGACUAAUCGAGUGAUGUCGAGCACAAAAAUGCAGAAGAAGCCCGCCUCCGUCGCCCCGUCCGGAGCUCUCUACCACUCUGCCAUUGAGAACGGCCUGCCGCGUUGCAGAUGCCAGCGAUGUGCGAGAUAACGGGACACUGGACAACCGGGCAUCCAAAGCAACCAAGGAUAGGCAAGGACAGUAAACAGAAGCUGAAUCAUAAGCAGAAACAGAAACAGAAGCUGAAGAAGGAAAAGCAAAAUCUAAAACAAAAGAAGCAAACGAAACGAGAAAUCGAACUCUCCCUGUGAUAUAACUUGCACCGUAAUCGUAAUCUAGCUCUUAGUUAUCGUUAUCGAUUAAUAAUCGUUAAUCGCCGCAAUUGUAAGCUAAGUACCGCACUGCUAAAACACCAAAAAAAACAAAAACAACUAAAAAAAGGAUUCAAUACACCGCCCCUCCGCCUUUGGAACACCAUUCGCUGCCGCUCUGCUCCGCCGCCACCGCCGCCGCCGCCAGACCUGCGCCAAACUAUAUUAUAUAUACUAGAUAUAGUCUAACUGAACCCGACCAAAAUCGAGUAAUUAUUAAAAACUAGUUAAAAUGGGAGACGAAAACGAGAAACGGACCGGAAAGGAGAAGCUGCUGUUCUAUACCACCGCCUUCUUCAUCCUGCUGGGGACGUUCAGCAUGUUCGCGUUCCUCUUCCUGGUGCCCUUCGUCAUUGAGCCCGCCUUCACGACGAUCUUCAUGCAGUUCGAGGAGGUGCCGGCCCUCUGUGAGACCUACGACACAGAGAUCUACUACGGGGCCAAGAACUGCUCGUGGUCGUCCUGCCGCGAGGGCUGCACCAAGGACAUCUACACCUGCACCCAGAUCCGUGUCAACUAUCGCCUCAAUCUGUACAACUUCACGGAUGAGUUCAACUUCACCGAGUACCACAUCAAUCUGAAGGAAUCGGAGCGUGAAGUGCCACCCGUGAAGCGAACGGAUCGGUACGAGCGAGCACUCCGGAGCGACUAUGAGUACGAUAAUCUGGGUGGCGGCAUGGGUGGUGCCGGCAUCGAUAUCGAUCUCGGUGGCGGACAUCUGGAGCAGCUGAACUUCGGGGAUGCCGAUGGGUCCAAUGGUUAUCUUAUCGAGGACUCCGAGGACACCAGAGGUCUCAGUGCCUCGGGCACUCUCAUUCCGGAUGAGCGCCAGCCCUUUGACGAGAUCUCGGAGCUCAACGAGGGCCUCAUGGGCAACCGCUCGAGGUACUACUACGUGGGAGCCAGGCUCUUCCCGAACGUAAAGGGUUGCGGCUACCCGCCCAUGCUCAACUGCACCAUUUGGCUGAAGCGGUACACGAAGAUCGGGAUCAAGUUUCCCUGCUACUACUCCAAGGUUGACCCCAGCCUGGUAAUCAGCGACCUGGACUACUGGCAGAACACCCUCAACUUGGUGUACUCGAUGGCCAUACCCAUUCCGUCGUUCAUCAUCUCGGUGAUCUAUCUGACGUACGCCUACUUCAAGAUCUACAACGAGGACGAGGAGACGGCGCCACUGGACAAGAACGCCGAGGACAUGGACAUCGAUGACAUAGAUGCCGUGGAUGAUAGCGAUGGUGCCGUGCUGGCGGACAACGUCGCCGGCAGUCAGAUUAUAAACAUGGACUCCACCACCAACGACAGUUGUCUGGACGGGGUCCUGCCUAAUGGCGGUCCUGGAAUGACCGCCUCUAUAUCGCAGGUUGGAUCCGUUACCACGCCGGGCAAUUACAUAGCCCAGAGCCCGGCGGGAUCGCAGAUGACACCAAAUUCCGAGAUGAACUCGUUUGGCCACCAGUUGAAAGUCCAGAUGGCCGACGAGUUGUCCCGGGAUUCGCUGGAGAAUGGGGUUAUCUCAACGUCGAACUCAGUUCAAGGAAACUUGAGCAAGACGAUGACGACGAGUAUCUCAACUCCUCCUGGGCCGACAGCGGCAGUCUGAAACGUCAGGCGCAUGGUCUGGAGAAUGUUAGAUUCCGAUUCGGAAAAUGAGCCGCUGCUGGAUACGUAGACCGCCGAGCGGAGAACGGAUCACGUGGAGCAGGUGGAGCAAUCAAAACCAAACCAAACCAAAACAAAAACCAAUAAGAAACCCCAAGUAUUUCUAUCCAAAACAAUCGACAACAACAACGCAGCGAAUGCGACCCAACCUGAAUACCUUCAGAGCUGUUAGAGGCACCUAAACAACUAUGAUAGAUUAUAUAUAUUUACCUUACGAACUAGCUACUGGGACACAUCUCACACUCAUAGCACUAGGACUCUGGAGUAACUCCAGAUGGCUUCACAAUUACCCCAACUCUCUCACACACACCUCUAUCCGCAUUCACUCAAAAUUGUAACACGGGCAUUAGUAUCUGAGCACAGUAAUUGAUAUUUUGGAGGACAAGGACUAGGAGGACAAGGCAGAAGACGAAGGACAGAUGAUUCUGCAUCUUAUGGGAGGAGCCGCUUUCUUGAUUGGUACAAAUACAAUAAUCCGCAUGAAUAUACGGGCGCGUGUAAGGAGUGCUAUACAUCUACCUAGAGGAACUAUAAUACUUAUACACGUGCAAAUAUACAUAAAAUAUACAAAUA